UUUAAAGUCCACAAGGUGGCGGUGUUGUGCCUGAUGGAGGUUCAGUUCACAGCUCUGUGGAUAUUUACAGCUGUUCAUGCACUUAGUCUGCUAGUCUAGUAGAGUAGACUCAGCUGACACUUCCUCCUCCUGCACCACUACUAACUAGUUCACUUUAACCAGCUACACUUAUUAUAUUUCCUGAUCUAAUCCGAGGAGAAAGACUCAUCACGUCGAAAAUGGCAACUUCAGUGAAACUCUACACCGGAGCAGAAAUGCCUCUUGUGGGUCUCGGUACAUGGAAGUCUAAGCCAGGUCAAGUGACUGAAGCUGUGAAAGCCGCCAUCGCUGCAGGCUACAGACACAUCGAUGGAGCGUUUGUCUACAAAAACGAGAAGGAGGUCGGAGAGGGCAUCCAGACCAUGAUUAAAGAGGGCGUGGUGAAGAGGGAGGAGCUGUUUGUCGUCAGCAAGCUUUGGUGCACCUUUCACCAGAAGUCAGCCGUAAAAGGGGCGUGUCAGAAGACUUUAAGUGACCUGCAGCUGGAUUACCUGGAUCUGUAUCUGGUCCACGCGCCAAUGGGCUUUAAGCCUGGACCAGAAGCGCUCCCGUUGGACAGUGAAGGUUUUGCCAUCAGUGAUGACACCAAUUUCCUGGAGACCUGGGAGGGAAUGGAAGAGUUGGUGGACGCAGGGCUGGUGAAGGCCAUCGGCAUCUCCAACUUCAACCGAGAACAGAUUGAAGCCAUUCUGAAUAAACCAGGCCUCAAAUAUAAACCUGCCAACAACCAGAUCGAGUGCCACCCGUACCUGACGCAGGACAAACUGAUCGCCUUCUGUCAGUCGAAGGGGAUUACAGUGACCGCAUACAGCCCUCUGGGUUCCCCUGAUAGACCAUGGGCUAAACCAGAUGACCCAUCAUUGUUGGAGGAACCAAAGAUCAAGGCCAUUGCUGAGAAGCACAAGAAGACCACCGCUCAGGUCCUGCUCCGCUUCAGUGUCCAGAGGAACAUCAUUGUGAUCCCGAAGUCUGUUACUCCGUCCCGCAUCAGGGAGAACUUCCAGGUGUUUGACUUUGAACUGAGCGACGAUGAAAUGAAGACCAUUUUAAGCUACAACAGGAACUACAGGGUUUGUCCCAUUGAGUGGAGUCUGAAGCACAGAGAUUAUCCGUUUAAUGCUGAGUACUGAAAGUGAAGAACGGCACAAAAACCACGGGGUCGAUAUACACUUUUCUUUCUUAAAUACUAAAGCUGUGAUUAACUUCAAUACACACCUUCACCGUGGUGAUAAGACGACGCAGUGUGAUUGUUAAAUGCUCACUUAUCUUCAACGUAAAAGUUCUCUAAUCUUUUAAACUGGGCUAAAACAGCAUUAACCUUAACCUUUAGUGCUUUUGUUGCUUUGAAUCUCAAAGAUUGAAAAUAAGAAGACAUCAUACAAUCUAGACUAAUAUACUGUAUAUCCAGUAUCCUCUUUUGGCAUAUUAGUGGCCUGUAACAACAUAUCCACACUUUAUAUUAUUUUGUUUCAAGUUUACAUCAGCAUUGUCAGAUUGUGCAAAGUUUUUGUUAUUAUUGUUGCUAUUUGCCUUAAUGGAGAACACUUGAUAUUUCACCAUGAAUGCUGCAACCCACCUGAAAGCACUUACUUUUAAAUCCUCCAUCAUUUUUUCCCUCUUUAGGUCCCAUAAUUAUUCAAAGUUUACUUCUGAUCUGUGCGAAAGAAAUUCAGUAGAAAUGAAAGGAUACGUGAUUUUUGAUAUAGAUCAAAUCAAAUGAAACAUUAAGGAAGUGUAAUUAAUUGAUGGCACUGCCCCAGACAAAAUAACCUGAAGCAUCGUUCCACAUUUCACUUUAUUUUUAACCAAGCACAUGUAUGUUAAGAGUAAUCUUAAUGCACAUUUCUGAGAAUGAUGUAUGUGAAGUCUGUUUUUGGAGGAACAGAUUGGAAAGUUGUCAGUCGUACUCAUGUCUGAAAUUAUUUUUAUUAUUGACUCCUUAUUGUUCUCAAAAUGAUGAUGUUUCAGAUUUAAUUUGAUUUCAUUCUACUUGGGUACUUUUAGGCUUUUGGAUUGAUGAAACAUCCAAAAUAAAGUUGAAGCUUCAAUCAUG